AUGGCUGCAGGCGUGAUCCGGCCUCUCUGUGACUUCCGGCUGUCCCUGCAGACCCACAGGCCCUUCCUGCCUGCAGACCCAGAGCCCCAAGAGACUUCUGAGGAGGAGGAGGAGGAGGAGGAGGGGGAGGAGGAGCGGGAGGAGGAGGGGGAGGAGGAGCUGGAGGGGGAGCUGGACGGGCCUGGGGGCCGCAGCCCAGCCCCCCAGGCCUCAGGCCGGGCCCCAGAAGCAGCCCCCCGGGGUCCAAGCAGCCCCGAGAACCCCCUGCAGCUGCUGCGCUUCUUGGAGCUCAUCAGCGGCGACAUCCAGCGGUACUUCGGCCGCAAGGACAGGGGGCAGGACCCCGACGCCUGCGACGCCUGCACGGACGGCAGCUCAGCCCGGGGCCUCGGCUGUGCGGACCUGGCGCACCGGGCUGCCAGCGGGAGCCCAGGUGGCGAGGAGGCGACGGAGCCCGGGGUCCUCUCCCCGAGGGGUCCCGAGGGCCAGGCGCGCGGGCUGGGGCCCCUGGCAGAGCUCUUUGACUAUGGGCUGUGGCAGUACUCAGGGCCUGGGGCCCCGGCGGGCCGCCGGCUACGGCUGGAGCGCAAGUAUGGCCACAUCGUCCCCAUGACCCAGAGGAAGCUGCCGGUGUCCUUCUGGGAGGAGCCGGCACCUGGCCCCCUGGGCCUCCUCCGCCCAGGCACCCCCGACUUCAGCGACCUGCUGGCCAGCUGGUCUGCGGAGUCCGGCCCCGAGCUGCCCGGCACAGGCACCCAGGCCCUGGAUGGGGUGCAGCUGGCAGAGGCCUAG